AUGGAAGAAGAAUGUCCAGAAGAAUUUAAAAUGGAUGAAAAGUCAAUAUUGAAAAUAUGUGCUAAAAGAGGAAUGUACAUCACACCAGAAUGCAAUGAUGUACUUCAUUUGGAGAAUGCUGGUUUUCUUUCGAUAGAUGGACUAGAAAGAUUCUUAGAAUUGCGUGUUUUAUGGCUUAGCGGUAACCAAUUUUCAAAAAUCGAAGGAUUGAACACCUUGAAAAAAUUACAAACGUUAUAUCUUUCCGAAAACUGCAUAGAGCAUAUAGAAGGACUUGAUGAGUUAGACCAAUUAGAAAAUCUUAUCCUUUCCUUUAAUUACAUUCGAAAAAUCGAAGGACUUGAAAAAUGCAAAUCUUUAACAUUUUUAGAUUUAGAAGCGAACAAAAUAGGAGGAUCAAACGAUUGCCUUGAUGGAAUACGACAUUGCGAGAAUUUGCAAAUUUUAAGAUUAACAAAUAACAAAUUAACCGAAAUAGAAUCAUUAGAUGUAUUAGAAACAUUAAAAGACUUACGUGUUUUGCAUUUGGAUGGUAAUCCUGUUGUACGACAGUUCAAAACUUAUAGAAGAACUCUAAUUUCGACUCACAAAAAUUUACGACAUUUAGAUGAUACUCCAGUAACAGACGAAGAGAGAAGGACUGUUUCUGCCUGGGCUAUUGGCGGAAAAGAAGCUGAAAUGAAGGAAAGGCAAAAGAUUUCAGCAGAAAAGAACGAAAGAGAUCAUGACAGCAUGAAGGAAUUUAGAAGGAUGCAGCGUGAGGCGGCAAUAGCUGCUGGAAAAGAUAUAAGAAGAGACCAUCCAGAGCUUCUAUCGAGUGAUGACGAAGAAGCUGAGAAAUUAAUAGUUGAGAAAUAUCAAAGAAUGGCUAAACUUGAAGAAGGCCCAACUCCUAAAGUUCAGGAACUGGAUGAACUCGAUUAA